AUGGGACAUGGAAAAGCAGUUGAUCAACUGUAUACGAUGUAUCCUUUUCCUGUUAUGGCGGUAUUCCUCGCCGUGAAUUCCAUCAACAGUCUCAUUGGAAAGUUCCAAAAGAAGAGAGUAUGCAGCAAUCUCUCUGGACACGAACGAAUCAAGAGUCCUAAUCCACUACUCACAUCCAUCAUGGAGACAAUUGUGGAUUUCUGGGAACUUAAACUAAUUGGAGAGUACGGACUCCGAAACAAACGUGAAAUCUGGCGGGUCGCCUAUACGCUAUCCAACAUUCGUCGUGCCGCGCGUGAACUUCUAACCCUUGACGACAAAGAUCCUCGACGAUUGUUUGAGGGUAAUGCGUUGAUUAGGCGUUUGGUUAGAAUUGGGGUAUUGGACGAGACAAAGUUGAAGCUGGAUUACGUACUUGCGUUAAAGAUUGAAGACUUUUUGGAGAGGCGGUUGCAGACACAAGUGUUUAAGUUGGGAUUGGCGAGGAGUAUUCAUCAUGCCAGAGUUUUGAUUAGGCAGAGGCAUAUUUGUGUUGGAAAGCGAAUUGUCAACAUUCCCAGCUUCACUGUUCGUCUCGAUUCCCAGAAGCAUAUUGAUUUCUCUCAGACAUCACCAUAUGGUGGUGGACGUCCGGGACGCGUUAAGAGAAAGCGUCAAAAAAGUGCUUCGAAGAAUGCUAAUGAGGAGGAAGAUGAUGAAUAA